AGUAAGCCACGUCCAACGGGUAGUUCGAAACCCACCAGACGGCCAGUGGAUAGCGAUGCCAAUGAAGCGGUUAAACCCAUUCUGCUGAAUAUAACGUCCACUGCAAGCGCACCGAGUGCCACAAUACAUCGACGUCCCACACCAACGACGCCAGCACCAACAAUAAGUAGUGACGAACAACCCACCGAAGUACAGAACACCCGAGUGCCAGCGCCUAAUGAAACGGUGGCACAGACGACACACGCGCCGAAACCGCGACCUAAACCUACAGCCGAGAUUGUGAAGGUGCCCAAGCCAACAGCGGGGGUAGGACCUACAACGGUUUCACCGGCGCCAACAACUACAACGACUGCGGCCGUCACCACAAAGCGACCAAGCACUAUGCAAGCGCCGCCCACAAGAACGAAACCAACAACAACAAGUACUACAACAACCACCACAACAACUACGCCGAAACCACAAACGAGUACCACAACAACUACAACCACAAUUGCACCCAUUAGCAGCACUACACCACAGUCGGCAACACUCACCACAGAAGCUGCCAAAGUUGAGCCGCCACUUGUUGAAAUGACGACCCUAACGCCUGGUCUGAUAACGUGGACGAAUGUGGACAAUGAACCGACCACCAUGAAUGCAACCGUUGAAUGGGCACCAGAACCAACUAUUCUUGAGCAGGAAAUUAGCAAUAAAACUACGGCAACGAUGAGCGGAGCAAAUGAAACAACUUUUACAACAACACCGCCUGCCACCAGCACCCUCAUAUCCGUUUCGACCAGUAUUAGCGAAGUAAUGAGCAACAUAACCUCAAUAAUGCCCAAGCCGGAACGUCCUUCAUCGGUUGUGAGCACGCGACCGCCAAAGCCGAAGCCCACAAAAACAACAGAAAGUCCUGUACUUAUUACAACGACAACACCGACACCAACUACAAGCACAACCACAACUACCACUACAACCACGCCAAAACCAACUACAACUACUUCCACUUCCACUUCAACUACAACCACAACAACAUCAACGACGGAAUCACCUAUCGAAUUGGCGGAUAUUUCUUCUACGACGAGUGCGGAAUUCAGCACAGAAGGUUUCUCUACAACAGGCACUGGCAUUUUUGGCACCACAGAGUACAGCACCGAAGAUUUUAAUAGCACACUGAUGACAACGACAUCGGCGCCGGCUAAUACCCUGGAAGGCAUGGAUUACCGACAAAUUUGUGGUCGCCGCAUGUUCCCCGAACCACGUGUUGUCGGCGGAUCGAAUGCCGCCUUCGGACGUUGGCCUUGGCAAAUAUCGCUGCGACAAUGGCGCACAUCAACUUAUCUGCAUAAAUGUGGAGCAGCGUUGCUGAAUGAAAAUUGGGCCAUCACAGCGGCGCACUGUGUGGAGAAUGUACCACCCUCCGACUUAUUGCUGCGCAUGGGCGAAUAUGAUUUAGCGGAAGAAGAAGAGCCGUACGGCUAUCAGGAACGACGCGUACAAAUUGUGGCUUCACACCCGCAGUUCGAUGCGCGAACUUUUGAGUACGAUUUGGCGUUACUUAGAUUCUAUGAGCCGGUGGUCUUCCAGCCCAACAUCAUUCCCGUUUGUGUGCCUAACAGCGACAUUGACUUUGUCGGCCAAACAGCCUUUGUCACCGGCUGGGGGAGACUCUACGAAAAUGGUCCGCUGCCGAGUGUGUUGCAAGAGGUAGCUGUACCAGUGAUCAACAACACCAUCUGUGAAUCGAUGUAUCGAGUGGCCGGUUUCAUCGAACACAUACCACACAUCUUCAUUUGUGCUGGCUGGAAGAAGGGCGGCUACGAUUCCUGCGAAGGUGACUCCGGCGGUCCAAUGGUGCUGCAACGUGAGGACGAUAAGCGCUUCCAGCUGGGCGGUGUCAUCUCGUGGGGUAUCGGCUGCGCUGAAGCCAAUCAACCAGGCGUGUACACGCGAAUCUCUGAAUUUAGAGAUUGGAUAAAUCAAAUUCUGCAAUUCUAGAAAAUGUAUAAACGUUCGAGCAGACAGAGCAACUUUGUUAUUGUUCUUGUAACUAGCGUAAAAUUAGUUUUUGUAUUACUCGUAUUUGAAUUUUGAAUAUUUGAUUUAUUUAGCUCAUAUUUGAUCAAAUAGCUAUGUUUGUAUGCACAUACAUAUGUAUGUACCUUCACAUCGCUCACGCACACAUAAAUACCCACAUUCGCGAUAUUUAAACUCUUGAAGUAUUUAACUCGCAAUAAGUGGUAAAAGGUAUUCAAAAUAAUUCAGUUAGUAAAUUUUUACAAACAUUUCAAAAUACUGAUAUACAUACAUACUACAAAUAUGAAAAGGAUCAUAGAGAAAAAACUCGUGCUUUGGUUAUAAUCCCCAUUUGCUGGAAUGCGCUUCACCAUGUGCCCUCGCAGCUAACCAUUUAUAAUCAAAGCAACGACUUGUAUCAACUUGCACCUCCACAAAACGUUUCAGAUCACGACCGCAAGAAGCAUUUAAAGAAAUAGUUUUAGUUAUAAAUAAUUAAAAAAAAAAAACAAAAACAAAAACAAAUGUGAUGUUUGCUGCAAAAUAUUCAUUUAAUCAUAAUUUUAUGUCAUUAUGUCUCUUAUAAAAAGUAUGUUGUUGACAAAUUAUAAAUCAACCAUCCAACCAAUA